AUGGGGCACGUGGGAAUUAGUCAGGGCAUUCACCCCUCGGUCGGUCGGGCGGUCGGUCGUGCGCUGCGUCCCUUUGAAGUGCGCACGCACCGAGCCAGGGGUCCGCUCGGACGAUUAGACUGUGCACGCGCUGGUUGUGUGGGAGUUUACCACUUGCGAAAAAGCUCAGACUAUCCGAGGGAUACGACAGCACCGGCGUUCACAACUCGGGAGUGCGAGAUAGCGCAGUACCACUUAGGGUUCCGGCCUCGACAGGCGCAGUUCUGCAACCAUCCCCGCUACGGCUUCGCGAUGUUGCCCGUCUUGAGGGCCGCAAGAGCCGUUGGCUUCCACUGUCCCGACACCUUCUCCGACAGACGGUGGAACUGCUCCUCCGUGGAAGCCUUGCCUCGAAUGUCGCCAGAGCUUCGACGAGGCACGCGGGAACAGGCGGUCGUGCACGCUUACGCAGCGGCUGCACUCAUCUUUGAAAUUGGCCGGUACUGCGCGCUGAAUAAGAUCCGCUAUUGUUCCUGCGGCAUGACAGGGGGAACAGAGAUGAUAAUCAGUCCGGACGGAGGGCAGAUGUCUCGUUUUCCCCAAGGCUACGCGUCGUCUACCAUGUCCACGGCGUCACGACGCGUUCGGCGUCAGUUCGACCUUUCCAACUUCCGCAAGAUCAGCGAUGCCAUCUCGUUUCAGCCGGAGACCUCACAACAGCAACGACAGCAACAGCAGGCCCAGGUUCAGAGCACACACUACUGGAGCGGCUGUCCAGACAACGUGGACACCGCGCGGAGCUACGUGGCCCAAUUCCUGGGGUUCGAUGAAAAAAGGUUACUAAUGGUGGGAUACCAUCCCCGAACCACACACUCGACUUAUCCAACCCCCUUUAAGAACCCCCUCCCUCCCUUUACGCCCACUUCAGAGGACUCUUAUCCAUAUGGCUUCUACUCGCCACCCAGCACGGACGCCCCACCCGCGUACCUGAGCAGGCAGGUGAGGAGUGCCGGUCUGGAGCCGCCGAACUCCACUUUGCACCGAACUUCUCGGAGAGCAGGCAGACGGCGAAAGCAGCCGUCAAAAAUGAAACUGACAAAUCAGCAUAAUUACAUGGCUGGUGCCUGGAUGAUGAUCUCGCUCCAAAAGCAAGCCUGCAAGUGUCAUGGAGUUAGUGGAAGCUGCACGCAAAAGGUUUGCUUCAGACAACUCCAACGAAUCGACACUCCACCGAUCAAAGCUGCCAUUCGACAACGCUAUCUUACUGCGAAGAUGGUGUCUGGCGUCCAAGACGGCCACCUAAUGGCCUCCGUCUUUAAGGACACUGACUUUGUCGAUGAGUAUGUUCAACUGGAAGACCUGGUUUUCACCCAGCACUCUCCAGAUUACUGCGAGCCUGAUCCUCAGCGCGGAUCCCUGGGGACACAGGGAAGGCUGUGCAGCUUGAACACCACAGGCGACGGAAGUUGUAUGAACAUGUGCUGUGGCCGAGGUCACCAGAGCACGUCUCACCAAAUCUACGAAAAGUGCAACUGCAUAAUGCAGCCCAACUUCAAGGUCCACUGCCAGACUUGCAUACGAACUGAGGUACGGCACACUUGCCUCUGA